CUCCCGUUGCUUCUCUCGACUUUUGCCAUUUCCGUGACCAUAUGCUAUGUCAUCAUCUUCUUCUUCCGCGCCGACAAGGGGCGUGCGCCGCUGCCGCUGGGGCCAAGGGGCUGGCCGGUGUUGGGAAACCUCCCGCAGCUCGGCGGCAAGACGCAUCAGACCUUGCACGAAAUGACAAGGCUGUACGGCCCGAUGCUCCGGCUCCGCUUCGGCAGCUCUCUCGUGGUGGUGGCCGGAUCGGCCGACGUGGCCAAGCAGUUCCUCCGCACCCACGACGCCAAGUUCAGCAGCCGGCCGCCCAACUCCGGCGGCGAGCACAUGGCGUACAACUACCAGGACGUGGUGUUUGCGCCCUACGGCCCCCGGUGGCGCGCCAUGCGCAACGUGUGCGCCGUGAACCUCUUCUCCGCGCGCGCGCUUGACGACCUCCGAGCCUUCCGCGAAUGGGAGGCCGCGUUAAUGGUGAGGUGCCUCGCGGAUGCUGCUGCUGCCGGCAUGGCGGUAGCGCUGGCAAAGACGGCGAAUGUGUGCACGACCAACUCCCUCUCGCGGGCCACGGUGGGGCUCCGGGUGUUUGACACCGCCGGCAGCAAGCUUGGCGCGGAGGAGUUUAAUGAGAUCGUGCUGAAGCUGAUAGAGGUGGGCGGGGUUCUGAACGUCGGGGACUUCGUGCCGGUGCUCCGGUGGCUCGACCCACAGGGGGUUGUUGCCAAGAUGAAGAAACUGCACCGCAGGUUCGACGACAUGAUGAACAGGAUAAUUGCCGAGAGAAGGGCCGGUGCUUUUGCUACCACGGCCGGCGAGGAGGGCGGUAAGGACCUGCUUGGCUUGCUGCUCGCAAUGGUUCAGGAAGACAAGUCACUCACCGGCGCCGAGGAGAACAAGAUCACAGACACAGACGUCAAGGCGCUUAUACUGGUAAACUUGUUGCUGUGA